AUGACCACUUUUUUAUUUUUUUUAAAUAGAGCAAUUUUCUAUAUCCUGUCCACAGCAUCCUUGCCUGGAACGGAAGCUGCGUAUCAGUUGGUGACGUGUGUCCGCAACAAGUGCACGCCGGAGGAAGCCUUGAACGUUUUGCGUGAACUGCCCAAUCCUCUGCGCGAAGGCGACACCACCGCCGCCCACACCGCCUACAAUCCUUUGAAAAUAGAUGUUUUCGUUCAAACCCUCCUGAAUUUGGGCAGCAAAAGUAUUUCCCACAGUUUCGCCGCUAUAUCGAAAUUCCAUUACGUUUUUAAGAUAUUAGCGGAGUCUGAAGAAGCCCAAAUAUGUGUACUUCGUAACGUAUGGGAAGUAUGGCAAAGACAUAGCCAAAUGGUGUGCGUGUUGGUCGACAAGAUGCUGAAGACGCAGAUAGUCGAGUGUAGCGCCGUAGCCACUUGGCUCUUCUCUAAGGAAAUGGCGCCGUUCUUCACCCACGGCUGUCUGUGGGAAGUCCUGCAUUUGACCAUCGAUAAGAUGAAUAAACACGUCUCCAAGCUUAGUAAAGAGUUACAAGAAGCAAGGGAGGCCUUGGCCAGAGCUGACUCGAGUAGUUCUGACUCUGAAGACGAAAGCGGUAACAAGAAGAAGAAAGAUCAUGACAAACCGACUGAAGAGGCCGUGGAGCGCAUGGAGGAGCGCCUGGAGAUGGCGCACACGGACCAGAAGCGGCUGUUCCUGAUCGUGUUCCAGCGGUUCAUCAUGAUCCUGUCGGAGCACCUCGUGCGCGCCGACACCGACGCGCGCGACCCGCACACGCACUGGUACCGCGCCACGCUCGCGCGCCUCGCGCAGGUCUUCCUGCUGCAUCACGAACAAGUUCAGAAAUAUAGCAGCACUCUGGAGACACUGCUCUUCACGCAGGACCUGGACCCUCAUAUAUUAGACGUUUUCCACCAGUUUGUAGCUCUCACUGCG